UCCUGUUGGCCAAGCUCUCCCAGGGCUCCGACCAGCUCCGGAUGCAGACAUGGCCAACGAGACCAACGCCUCCACCCUGUACGACAGCUACGAGUACUACCUGGACUACUUGGACCUCAUUCCCGUGGAUGAGAGGAAGCUGAAAGCCAACAAAUAUCUGAUUGUCAUCGCCUUCUGGGUGAGCCUGGCAUUUUUCGUCAUGCUUCUCUUCCUCAUCCUGCUCUACAUGUCCUGGUCAGGCUCCUCACAGGUGAGGAACAACAACCAGCACCACCCAAUAUGCCCCUGGAGUCACAGCCUCCACCUCCCACUCUGCAUCCGGAGACACCCCACAGGAUCCAUGGAGCUCGGGCGAGGAACCAGGGAGCAGAGUAUCCAGCCCUGAGCAGUGGUUGUGGCCAGGAGCCCCUCCGACUUGCCCCACUCUGCCCCCCCCAGACCCACCCUGCUCUCCUCCAGGACUGACCUUCGAUGGGGGACCCCCACAGCAUCAGCUGACAUCCAGAACAAGCGGGGCGAGCCUCCACCUGGAGACAGAACCUCUCAAUCAUAGAAUUGACAUCAGCAAAUCGGUGAACUCAAACCAACCAGGACACCGAAGUGCCUUCGCAAAGCCUGCUUGCAUGUAGCAGGAAGGGCAACUAGGCCAGAUGUACUCUCCAAGGGAGCACGAAUAUGCAUUAUCCGGGGCCUGCAGGACCCAUCCUAGCACAGGGAAGUAGCCCUAGAUAUUGCUGAUUUUUAGUGCCUUUUACCUGCAUACUUACUCUUUGUGUUCACUUUGGGAAGGGUCGAAAAUAAAACAUACAUGAAUUAACUC